CGAACAAGAUUAGAUAUCAAUAAAUUAGAAGAUAUGGCAAAAAUUAGAUUAUAUUAUAUUGCCAAUAUGGAAUCAGAAUUAAAUAAUAGUGAAGAAAAACUUACCGAAAUAGAAUUAUGUGAAGCUAUCAAUAUUUCAGCAAUUAAUGAAAUAAUGGCUUUAAACAAGAAUGAAGAUUUGCUUGAUUUUGAAGAAUUAUCCGAAAAUAUGGAUUCAACUCAAGAUAUGUUACUUAUCAAUAAUAUUAUUGAUUUGUUUCAAUAUAGUUCUGAAAAUGAAAAAGAAAUUAAUACUAAUACUUCGAUCGAAUCUGGAAACUUAAAUUAUUUACCUGAAAAUUUA